AGUUCAUUAGCUAGAGCUAAUUCAUUAAUCUUGAGCAAGUUCAUUUAGCUAGUGCAAGUUGAUUUAGCUAGUGCAAGUUCAUUAGUUCAAGUUCAUUAUGAUAGAGAUGUGUAAUGAAACAAGUUUUAAACUUUAGUGAGAGUUCAUCGCUUCAUCCUUGUAAGUAAUGUCACACCUUGAAUAUUUCUGGUUUUUUUUCAUCACGGCAUCCUUACGAUUCAGUUCUCGAUUUAUUAACGUUCGUUAUAACUAACAUCACAAUUCAAAGAUAUUGUUAUUAACAUAGAAUAUCCCUUUUUUUAAAAAACAAAAAACGUACUUUUUACUCUUGUUUUAUCUGAGCAUUUCUUUCAACUUUAUUUUAUAUUCCUAGCGUAUCAUUGAAAUAAAAUGUACUGAUCAAUAUUUAAUAUGUGGUAAAAUGACAGCUUACAUAAAUGAUUUUAACAUAUAAACAAAUAGUUUAUAUCCAGAUACUUGCCGCAUAAACCUUGGAACAGACGACCGCCUGAAAGGGAAAUCAUUCGUAAAGGAAACAAAAAUGCAUGAACUUACCUAAUUAAGUUCAUAAGCUUAUUAUAGUUUGUUUACUUACACUUUGCGUUUAACUGUUUUAUUUUGACAUGUUCAGAUCUUAAGCACCAUGCAGCCCAGUGUGAUGAUUAUGGUCUGUCUCCUAGUUGUUACCUGUAAAUCUGAUCUCUCACUCAUCGUGCACUACAAUGAACUAAGCAGCUGGCUAGUGUCGUUAGAUAACUAUCACCUGGACAGGUAAUUUUUCAUUACAUUUGAAAGUUUUAAAAAUCACUUCUAUGCCUAGUACUCACAUCCUGUUGCGUCACUUUCUGUUCAUUUUAAAACAACUUGAAAUAGAGCGUAAUGAUGAAUUUUAAUUGUAAGUAAACAGUUUUAAAAUAAAUAGAUACAAGUGGAUAUAGUUUCUAAUUGUAUAAAUUUAAUGCUAUCCGUCAUUUAAAAUAGUUAAGUUUAAUUAUGUUCUAAUUUUGGAAAUCAGAAUUUAUAUAAACGUGUUGAAUUAAUUUAUUGUUACAUGGUUGCGUCUCUUGCCAGAUUCCUGCAAUGCUUAUGCCUUGAAACUUCAAUCGAAUGCAAUAUUGGCUUAAAUACGAGGUCCGGAUAUGCUACUGGAAUGGAUGUGAGAACGAGGAAUCAAUCAGCAGCAACAUCUCAAUUUUUUAAUCGAUAUGUGUGCACAUUCUUUUACUCAAAUCAUUCGGUUGUUUGCAAAAGGCAAUCACGUGAGUUUUACGACAACAACACAGCUCUCUUUCUCGUGGAUAGCUCAUCAAUGUGUCAGUUAAAUUGUGUGGAAUGGAGCUGGACUUUUCAACAGACUGUCUCGAUAUAUAAAAUAAAUAACAAUACAGAUAUU